AUGACAUCAGCAUCACCAAAGAAAACAGUAUAUAGCUUCAUACGACCGUCAGAUGAAGAAACCGAGAAAAGAAAUCUUUUAGAGAGAUAUUUCCAAUCUGAACGUGCUGAAGUAUCCGUGAACAGUUUGAUCUCGGCAUCUGAUUACUUUCUUGCAAAGGCACAUGAAUUAGUAUUAACCACAAAUGAAGAUAGUGGUCGGCAAGUAUAUUGCAAGAUGGUUAAGAUAUCUAUUCAAGCGCUACUUAUAUUGCUUAACCGGUAUAAGCAAUCUUUGAAUCCAAAGUUUGAACUGAUCAUUUGUUUCAAACUUGCAAGAAUUUAUUUCUCUGAGACUGAUAAUAUCAAUAGGGCGGAGGAUUAUGUUAAUCGAGCGAUUUCGAUAGCCUCUAGGAACAAUUUGGUUCAAAUUAAGUUUGUUAGUGAGUUCCUAGGGGCUCUAAUCCUUCAGGCUACGAAUUCUCCAUUAAUAUCAAAUUAUCUUGAUGAACGUAUCAGUUCAUUAAGAAGUAUGAAGAUGUACAGGUUAGCAAAUUUAUUCACGAUAUUGAAGAUAAAUUACUUGAUGGUUAUGGAUAGUGCUACUGGAUUAGUUGUUCUUCAAUCUUUAUGCCGAGAUCCUGAAAUAGAUGUGGGGACAAAGGCUUUGAGUUUUUUAUACCAAGCUAGUAUACAUUUAUAUCGAGGAUCUCCUAAAAUAGCCUUGGAACUCUUAGAACAAACACAAGUUAUGGAUUCCCCUUUAAACUUCCCGAUACAAUUAAAGGCUAUGUAUUAUCUCCAAAAGCUUUUAGUAUUGGUGCAAACAAAUCAACUGAAACUUUCAAAAGUAGUCAUGAAAGAAAUUGGGAAGUUUUUAUUAGAACAACAAGAGAAAGGAUGGAAAAGUUGGAAUGAAGAUGGUACUUUUCAAAUACUGUUUCCAAUAGAAAAUAUUUCAAACAUUUCAUAUCGAGUAUCAUGGUUGAAUUCAGAUGAAUUUGUGGUUAUCUUUUACUUUCUUACAGGGGUCAGCAUGUUAAACAAUGGUAAAAAUAAAUCUUUGAAAGUGUUUAACAGGUGCUUACAAAUUAUCAAUUCACAAUUAAGUCAAUUAACUGAUGAUAAGAUAUCUGAGAGAAAUUUUUCCAGUACAGAGUUAUCAAAAAAGAAGCUUAAAUUUACGUAUAUGAAGUAUUCAGUACAUUACUAUCAAAUUCUACAAAACUUUAUGAAUAAUGAUUUUACAUCAAGUUGUUGGAAACCUUUAGAAGAGUUUUUGGAAAAAGUUAAUACAAAUCAAUUUAAUGACGAAGAAUGGACUUGCUAUCAAUUACUUGUUCCAAACAUUCUUUAUCUUUUCGCUCUUUACCAUCAACAUUCAGGAGAUUUGCAAAAAGCAAAGAAGUAUUACAUUAAAGUUCGGGAUUAUACCUCAGAAAUUUCUCGAGAGCGUAAAAGUGCGUCAAUAUCGUUUGAUCAAAGUUCACUUGGGGUUGGAGGAUAUUCAUUUCAAGCGUGCGGACAGCAUAAUGAGUUGUAUGUAUAUUCCUCGCUUCAUCUCUUAAUAUUAACUGAGUAUGAGCUUAAUUUGUCUACAAAUAUUGAGCUUGAUAAUGUCCACAAGAUGCGUCAAAUAAUAUACAAGGAAUUAAGUGAAACAUUUACAACAGCUCGUACAACUACAUCCAAUAGUUUUAAUGACAGCUUUGUAAACUCAAGUACUCUAUUAUCUGUAUUUUAUCAACUAUUGAUUAGUGUCUACAAUAAGGAAGGAACUAAUCGAUUCGAUAUUGAGAAACUUCAAGUAUUUGAUACUGAAGAGUUUUCAUCAGACUUCCCUGUGGUUGCGGGACUUGCCUACUAUGUUUCCUUACUUGGAACGACAAGUUUAAAUCACAGAGAUAAAUACCUAAAAAUGUGUGUGGAUAUCUUGGAAAAGGCGUCAAAUUCUGAUAAUGGUAAAGUAUUGAAAAUAUUUGCCCAAAGAGAAUUACUACAAGAAUGCAUUCGUACUGGCGAGAAAGAUAGGGCAAUUAUCCUUCAACUUCAAUUACAAACUUUAAUAGAGGAAUUGAAAGUCAAUUUACCUGUACUUUCAAUAAAUAAUGAAAUAUAA